GCAGGGGCGGCGGCAGCGGCAGCGGCAGCGGCGGCGGCGGCGGCAUCGUCGCCCCGGAGCGGGCGCAGGGUCUGCCACCCUCGGAGUGUGGACUGACCUGACAGCAGUCGAGGAGACAGAGCUGAACUUGGUCACACAGUCCCUAGAGCCGGCAAGACAUGGGCUCCACUGUGCAGCUCCUGGCGCCUCUGAUGUAACCAGAAGAUGUGUAGGGGAGCUGUACCGACCAUGUAGAUGCCAGCCCCACGGAUCAGCAUGGGCCCCACUGAAUGGAGACUUCUGGGUCAGCAUUCCUGAGCCUCUUCGGCCCCUGGACCUCACCCCAGUCCUGGGGACACUCCUCAGAGCUCUUCAGUGCUGUCGCCAGCCCACCUCAGCCAUCACCUCCUCCUGGGACUCGAAGUUGGCCGCCUCGUGCUACUACCCUCUGGUGAGGGUGUACUGAGGACAGCCACACACAGCCAUCACCCAGAGGCCCCUUUUCCAGUGCUGACCCUCAGGUUCAGCCUGAGGAGACACUUCAGCAAACAUGGGUGACAUGACCAACAGCGACUUUUACUCCAAAAACCAAAGAAAUGAGUCGAGCCAUGGAGGCGAGUUCGGGUGCACCAUGGAGGAGCUGCGCUCCCUCAUGGAGCUGCGGGGCACCGAGGCUGUGGUCAAGAUCAAGGAGACGUAUGGGGACACUGAAGCCAUCUGCCGGCGCCUCAAAACCUCGCCUGUUGAAGGUUUACCAGGCACCGCUCCAGACUUGGAAAAGAGGAAACAGAUUUUUGGGCAAAACUUCAUACCUCCAAAGAAACCAAAAACCUUCCUGCAGCUGGUGUGGGAAGCGCUACAGGACGUGACACUUAUCAUCCUGGAGAUCGCGGCCAUCAUCUCCCUGGGACUAUCCUUCUACCACCCACCGGGAGAGAGCAAUGAAGGAUGUGCCACGGCCCAGGGUGGGGCAGAGGAUGAAGGUGAAGCAGAAGCAGGCUGGAUUGAGGGGGCUGCCAUCCUGCUGUCAGUCAUCUGUGUGGUCCUGGUCACAGCCUUCAAUGACUGGAGUAAGGAGAAACAGUUCCGGGGCCUGCAGAGCCGAAUUGAGCAGGAGCAGAAGUUCACUGUGGUCCGGGCCGGCCAGGUGGUACAGAUACCUGUGGCUGAGAUCGUGGUCGGGGACAUUGCCCAGAUCAAAUAUGGUGACCUUCUUCCCGCUGAUGGCCUCUUCAUCCAGGGAAAUGACCUCAAAAUUGAUGAAAGCUCACUCACAGGGGAGUCUGACCAGGUGCGCAAGUCUGUGGAUAAGGACCCCAUGUUGCUGUCAGGAACCCAUGUGAUGGAGGGCUCAGGACGGAUGGUGGUUACUGCUGUGGGUGUGAACUCUCAGACUGGCAUCAUAUUUACCCUGCUUGGAGCUGGUGGUGAAGAGGAAGAGAAGAAAGACAAAAAAGGUGUGAAGAAGGGGGAUGGCCUUCAGAUACCAGCGGCCGACGGCGCAGCACCUGCAAACGCUGCAGGUAGCGCAAAUGCCAGCCUAGUCAAUGGUAAAAUGCAGGAUGGCAGUGCCGACAGCAGCCAGAGCAAAGCCAAGCAGCAGGAUGGGGCAGCUGCCAUGGAGAUGCAACCUCUGAAGAGUGCAGAGGGCGGCGACGCAGAUGACAAGAAGAAAGCCAACAUGCACAAGAAAGAGAAGUCGGUGCUUCAGGGCAAGCUCACCAAACUGGCUGUGCAGAUAGGCAAGGCGGGCCUGGUGAUGUCGGCCAUCACGGUGAUCAUCCUGGUGCUCUACUUCACCGUGGACACCUUCGUGGUCAACAAGAAGCCGUGGCUGACUGAAUGCACACCCGUCUACGUACAGUACUUUGUCAAGUUCUUCAUCAUUGGUGUGACGGUGCUGGUGGUCGCUGUGCCUGAGGGCCUCCCUCUGGCUGUCACCAUCUCACUGGCUUAUUCUGUGAAGAAAAUGAUGAAGGACAACAACCUGGUACGCCACCUGGAUGCCUGUGAGACCAUGGGCAAUGCCACAGCCAUCUGCUCAGACAAGACAGGCACGCUGACCACCAACCGCAUGACCGUGGUCCAGGCCUAUGUCGGUGACGUCCACUACAAGGAGAUCCCAGAUCCCAGCUCCAUCAAUGCCAAGACGUUGGAGCUGCUGGUCAACGCCAUUGCCAUCAACAGCGCCUACACCACCAAGAUCCUCCCCCCAGAAAAAGAGGGAGCCCUGCCCAGGCAGGUGGGCAACAAGACAGAGUGCGGCCUGCUGGGCUUUGUGCUGGACUUGAGGCAAGACUACGAGCCGGUGCGCAGCCAGAUGCCAGAGGAGAAGCUGUAUAAGGUGUACACCUUCAACUCCGUUCGCAAGUCCAUGAGCACCGUCAUCAAGAUGCCCGACGAGAGCUUCCGCAUGUACAGCAAGGGCGCCUCGGAGAUUGUGCUCAAAAAGUGCUGCAAGAUCCUCAGUGGGGCAGGGGAAGCCCGUGUCUUCCGGCCCCGAGACAGGGAUGAGAUGGUUAAGAAAGUGAUCGAGCCCAUGGCCUGUGACGGGCUCCGUACCAUCUGCGUGGCCUAUCGUGACUUCCCCAGCAGCCCUGAGCCUGACUGGGACAAUGAGAAUGACAUUCUCAAUGAACUCACAUGCAUCUGCGUGGUGGGCAUCGAAGACCCAGUGAGACCUGAGGUCCCAGAAGCCAUCCGCAAGUGCCAGCGGGCAGGUAUCACAGUCCGCAUGGUCACUGGUGACAAUAUCAACACAGCCAGGGCCAUCGCCAUCAAGUGUGGCAUUAUCCACCCUGGAGAGGACUUCCUGUGCCUGGAAGGCAAAGAAUUCAAUCGGAGGAUUCGCAACGAGAAGGGGGAGAUUGAGCAGGAGCGGAUUGACAAGAUCUGGCCAAAGCUGAGGGUGCUGGCUCGCUCCUCGCCCACGGAUAAGCACACGCUGGUCAAAGGCAUCAUCGACAGUACACACACUGAGCAGCGGCAGGUGGUGGCUGUGACGGGGGAUGGGACCAACGACGGGCCUGCUCUCAAGAAGGCAGAUGUGGGCUUCGCAAUGGGCAUCGCAGGCACAGAUGUGGCCAAGGAGGCCUCAGACAUCAUCCUGACAGACGACAACUUCAGCAGCAUCGUCAAGGCAGUGAUGUGGGGCCGUAACGUCUAUGACAGCAUAUCCAAAUUCCUGCAGUUCCAGCUGACUGUCAACGUGGUGGCGGUGAUUGUGGCCUUCACGGGCGCCUGCAUUACACAGGACUCCCCUCUCAAGGCUGUGCAGAUGCUCUGGGUGAAUCUCAUCAUGGACACAUUCGCCUCCCUGGCCCUGGCCACAGAGCCACCCACAGAGACUCUGCUCCUGAGGAAACCGUACGGCCGCAACAAGCCACUCAUCUCACGGACCAUGAUGAAGAACAUCCUGGGCCACGCCGUCUACCAGCUCACCCUCAUCUUCACCCUGCUCUUUGUGGGUGAGAAGAUGUUCCAGAUCGACAGCGGAAGGAACGCCCCGCUGCACUCACCACCCUCAGAGCACUACACCAUCAUCUUCAACACCUUCGUCAUGAUGCAGCUUUUCAACGAGAUCAACGCCCGCAAGAUCCACGGCGAGCGCAACGUCUUUGACGGGAUCUUCCGGAACCCCAUCUUCUGCACCAUCGUUCUUGGCACUUUUGCCAUCCAGAUAGUGAUCGUGCAGUUUGGCGGGAAGCCCUUCAGCUGCUCCCCACUCCAGCUGGACCAGUGGAUGUGGUGCAUCUUCAUAGGCCUGGGAGAGCUCGUCUGGGGCCAGGUCAUCGCCACCAUCCCUACCAGCAGGCUCAAGUUUCUGAAAGAGGCAGGUCGGCUAACACAGAAGGAGGAGAUCCCUGAGGAGGAGUUAAAUGAGGAUGUGGAAGAGAUAGACCACGCAGAGCGGGAGCUUCGCCGUGGCCAGAUCCUGUGGUUCCGGGGCCUGAAUCGGAUCCAGACACAGAUUGAAGUAGUCAAUACUUUCAAGAGCGGGGCCUCCUUCCAGGGGGCCCUGCGGAGACAGUCCUCCGUCACCAGCCAGAGCCAGGACAUCCGCGUCGUGAAGGCGUUCCGUAGCUCUCUCUAUGAAGGGUUAGAAAAACCCGAGUCUCGAACCUCCAUCCAUAACUUCAUGGCUCAUCCUGAAUUCCGGAUCGAAGAUUCCCAGCCCCACAUCCCCCUCAUCGAUGACACCGACCUGGAAGAAGAUGCCGCGCUCAAGCAGAACUCGAGCCCGCCGUCCUCGCUCAACAAGAACAAUAGCGCCAUCGACAGCGGGAUCAACCUGACGACCGACACGAGCAAAUCAGCUACCUCUUCAAGUCCAGGGAGCCCCAUCCACAGCCUGGAGACGUCGCUUUAGCUGAGGCCCCUGUCACCUGGCCACGCUCAUGGACCCGCCGCCACCCGCCUCCAGGCGCACACCCUUCUAGGCACCAACUCCCUGACACAGCAAGGAGCACUGGGCGGAACCCACACAGCAGAGAGGGAACCAGACCUUUCUCUGGCAGCCAUGCUGUUUGAACUCUUUUUCACUCCUUAGGCCUUGGGCGGGGUUGCCCUGGGGUCAUCUGGAGCAGAGAGUGGCGUGGAUUUUUUUCCAAAACAUAAAAAAUAAUAAUAACGAAUUAAUUUAAAAAAAAAAAAGAGCCUUUCCAGGCUCCAGCCCAGACACGGACCAGCCAUGCACCCGCCGGCCACCGUGGCCCCAGCAUGAAUGUACCUGGACACUAUUAAUCCCCCUCCCUCAUUUGGUUCUUGGAGGGUUAGGGAGGGGAGUUUUUUGUUUGUUUCCUUAGGCGGGAACUGCAAACAGGAACUGGAACAGAGACUACUGUUCAUUCAGUCCACUGGUCUAUGAGGUUUCAAAUGCUUGCCCAGCAUGGUCUCAAAUGUCUAGAUUAAUUUAAUAACUUUUUGAAAUCACAGAGUAGGUUUGCACCAAUGAAACCCAAGAACUCCACAGACACUCACGAGGUUAUAUCCGUUUCUUUGUAUCUAUAUCAACGUAUACUUCUUGAAGACUGUAUACGUGCGUAUAGAUAAGUAGAUAUUAUAUAUAUAUAUAUAUACAUAUAUAUACAUGGAUAUAUAAAGUUCCUUUGCCGGCAUGUUGCCUUGUUUCUGCUUAAAUUGCUCUAUUUUAACUUAUGUCCUAAAAGAAGAAUGUAAUUUGUUUACAAACCUGUAGAUAAUGUCUUUGGCUAUUUGUGUGGUUUAAGGACACUGGUGGCCAAGAUGCUUACAAACAGCUCGGGCCCAACAGACACAUCCCCUGGAUUGCAUCCUUGAAGUUUUACGAUAGCCAUGCUCUGAUUUUUGCCUGCUAUUUCCGUUCAAUAAUGUCACUACUAUGGGAAGCUCAGGCAGAAAGCCAACGGCUCCCAAGGAUCCAUCCUGAGGAGCUAAGCAACACGCUCGCUCACUCCACCGUAGACAAGGGAGAAGAGGAGAGAAGGCUUCCCGGGUUUGCAACACGGCCGUCCAGGUCUGGUGACGUCAACGUCUGUAGUGCACCCGGAGAAGGAAGGCUUUUCUCUCAAUGAAACUCGCUUGAGUUUACAGAGAGCAUUUCAGAACUGAGUUGUCUUUGGCACUGUCUGUGAGUCAAGGUAGUGUUCAGAUAUUACAAAUGCUAUUGUGUUGAAUUUUUUUUUUUUUUUAGUUAGUAAUUUAGAAGUUUCUUUCCUUAUAAACGGCAGCAUAGACACUGCUGACAUACUGGAUGAGGGUUGGUACGGCUUGCUGCUUUCAUUUUUUUUUUCUUUUUGAAGAAGAAUAGCCUUUUUUCUCUGCACUAUUUAGAUCCGAAUGAAUCUUAUAAUGUGUACAUGGAGAUGUAUUCAGUGUGAUUUUUAAACCAAAUUGUCUUCCUGUAGUUACAAUAUAUACUGUAGCCUUUUAACAGCAAGUCCUGCUUUCCCAGACAGAAAGCCAUUCUGAUAUCUUCCCAUAUCACAGGUGAGAAAAGGUGGCUAUCCCCUCCCCCAACAAUAACAGCACUAGUUAUCCCACUUAAUAAGAGCUUGUCUGUCGGCCUCUUACUGCUAAGCACUUUGUGGGUCUCAGCUUUUUUUCAUAAAAAGAACUUUUGUAUUUAAUACAAAGUUUGCUUUGAGACUUUUCAGCAUACAAUCUUUUUCCAUAAACUUGUACAGUGCAAAAGACAUUUUGAAUACCAUGACCGAUGAUGUCCCGUGCUUCGAGGAAACCAAACACUUUCCGCCUCACUUGUGAACUCCAUCCUUCACUCUCUCCCUUCUCACAGUCGCUCCUCCUCGCUCUUCAGCCUGGCCCCCCAGCCCUCCUCCAGGCCCAGAGACCUCUUCACUAAACAAGAUGACAGCCACUUGGGAAAAGAGCCAUAGUCAGCUGGGAGGGCCCACGUCUGGAUGGCUGUGAAAAACUUGAGUUCUUGGUUUGGGCUUCAAAGUCUGCCCAUCCCACCUGGCCAUAAUCUUUCUAUAAGGAAGAAUAUCUCUGAAGGAUUCUGAAUGUAUCCAGGAAUGAGAGAGAGAGCUACCUCUCCAGCAGGUGGACCAGCCCUAGAUGUACUCACUGGAUUCCAGUACAGAUACCACCAGAGCCAGUCCAUAGUACCCCUCCAAGGGAGGGAAGGAAACCCGGGGCUGCCUUGGAACAGGAUAGGUUUUUAGUUUGGUUUUGUUGUUGUUGUUGUUGUUGUUGUUGUGUUGUUGUUGCUGUUGUUGUUUGAUUGGUUUGGGACUUUUGGUGGGGAGUCCUUUGUCACAUUUUUCAUCCUGCCCUCCUUCAUUCAACCAUACAUCUAUGACCUCAUUCCAUGCCACCAGGGUUCUUGCGCUUAACAAACUGGGGUCCUCGGGCUUUGGAACCAGGCCUCCAGGGCAAAGAGGAAGGGGUUCUCUGAGCAGAGCCAGGUUCUCAGACAAGGAGCAGAGGAAACUAGCAAAGAGGCCUGACAUUAGCGCUGGCUUCCCGGUGUCAGGAAUGAGGGAUAGCCUAUGCCCCAGCCCCUCACUCUCACACUCUUCCAUACACACACACACACACACACACACACACACACACACACACCUACACAGGAGAUGGUUGGUUUGCAGAACUCACUGUAAUACACAAGCUUGCACUUCUGCGUCCUAUAUCUAGCAGCAUGGGAUACGUUUGGCAGUUCACCCCAUUAGGGGGUCAAUAAUUUAUGACCAUUCAUCUGUUUUUAUGAAUUUUUUUAUCUAGACAAUAAUUGUAAAUAAAGAAUUCACCGUCUCUGCUCAUUUAAUACUAUGCAAUGGUUAUGUUUUCCAUGGCUGGCUCUUCUGGCUCACAUAGGUGUUUCUGAUGUGUCUAUGGUAUUUUAAAAAAAAAAAAGAAAAUCAAGCAGAAAUAGGAAA